UUAAAGAACUUUUCGCUUUUCUGGAGAACUUUGCAUUUUUUCAGAUUCCCCAUAGAACUCAACGCCCGAAGUCCGACCAUUGUCUUCGCUGAUUCAAAUUUGGACGAUGCCGUUGAGCAAGCUCACUAUGGUAUGUUUUUCAAUAAAGGUCGACGCUACUCUGCUGGUUCACAAACGUUCGUCCAAUCAAAGGUGUAUGACGAAUUCGUAGAUCGAUCCCAAGAUUUGGCCGAACGCUUGAUUCUGGGCGACCCAUUCGAACCAUCUACGCAACAAGGACCUCAGAUUGAUGGCCAGCAAGUGGAGGAAAUUCUCCGACAUGUGGAGAGUGGGAAACGCGAUGGUGCCCACCUUGUAACAGGCAAGAAAAGUGGUACGAAAUGGGGUGAUCGUGGCCAUUACGUUUUGCCGGCAGUUUUUGCGAAAGUUGAUCAUCAUAUGGCCAUUGCAAAAGAAGAAGUGAGUUUGGCUUGA